CCCAGGAACUUCAAUGUGCCUCAGGCAUAGCCUUAAAAAAAAAAAAUUAAAUAAAUAAAGUGGAAAGGAACUAUUAGAGUUCAUCUAGUGAGUUUACAGAUAAAGAAAAAUGGAAUUAGGGCUCCUUAGCUUUAAAAUUUUUCAUUAGUAACUUUCAUUCAUUCAUAUACUCAUUCAACAAAUUUUAUAAGUGUCCCUACCCUGUGUGUGGGUCCUGGAGCUGAAAGUAUAAACACAGUCCCAGUACUCAUGGUGUCAUAGUCCAUUGAAAGAGGGAGAUUGGCCAAGAAUUACCACACCAAAUAGAACCUUAUCGUAAAAACACAUUCAAAGCACUCGGAGACCACACCUGUAGUUGUAGAUGAAGGGUUGACACAGGAGUUUUAUUUUAAAGAAUAAGUAAGUAUUUACCAGGCAGGGGAGGGAGAGAAGGCAUCAUGUGCAGAGCAAACAGAAGUCAAGAAAGAGCACAGUCACGUUGGCAAAUGCUUAGUGUGUUAGUGUGGUGGGUGAACAGGACUUCACAGUGAGGGGGUAGGGAGAAUGGCUGAGUCCCCACUGUGGGGGCUGGUAGUGGGGGACAGCUCACACACAGCUGAGCAUUCAGUUAGGACAAAAGGUAGGACUCUGUGAGUUGUGAAAAUAUUGAAAUAGUUCCAAGCUGGUUGAUAAAUGGCCAUUGAUCUGAAGCCCCGCCCGCUGUCCUGUUGAACCCACCCCCUUAGCGCUACUCACAGCUAGUGAUUCAGCAAUUAAAGAGUUGAUUCCUGGCACAAGGCCUUUAUGAACCCCUUUAGCACGAAGGUUAGUUAGUGCUGAUUGUUCAUUUUUUUGAGCAUUUCUUCUCUUGUUUGCUAUGGUAAAGUACAUCAACUUUAUCCUACAGGGUAGGACUUGAAAACCAGAUGCCUCUAGGAGUCAGGGUGGUUACACAGAAAUGAGUGAAGCAAGUGGAUAGAAACAGCAGGGAGAGCUGAGAAGUUUUGAGAGUGACAUAUUCACAGCCAUUAAGAGACCUCCAAUUUAAUUUCUCAUCAUGCUUAUUCUGUAGUUCACAUUAAGUCCAGAGUGCUGAAGGAAUGGAACAAGUGGACUUGUAGACAUCAGAUAGCUGGCCAUGCCCUUGGCCAUGGCGUCCCAGGAUGCUCAGAACUUCUUCCAGCCUCUCUCUUCCUGGAUAUCGCAGGUUUAUGAAGCUCUCCAGCAAGCAAGAGAUGCGUUAUCUGCUUCGCUGGUUAACUUCAGCAAACAAGACUCUAAAGGGAGUGACAAGCUAGACCAGGACUUAGAUGAUAUUCAGAUUCAGGAAACUUACUUUGAAGAUGAAGAACAAAGCAAUGACUGGACUCAAGAAGACACAAAUUCCUUGUUUCUUGAAGUGGAUCAUUUCUCCUGUUGUAAUAGUGAUUUCCAGGACUCUGCCCAAAAUUCAAGCCCUAGACUUAGCCGACAUGCAAAGGACUCAUGUUCUGUAGCGUCCCAGUGGCCUAGUCAGACCCUUGAUGACCAAAAGCCACCACAUGUGCUUUCUUCUAUUGCUGAUGAAGAACAUCACCUUGGAAAGCAAAGGAGUGGCCUUCAACAUGACUUUGAUGGUCAGCUCUCUGGUAUUUUAGAAAAUGUUAAUGGAAAAAAGCAAGUUAACAAGUUUGGAGAUGAUGAGGAGCUAUCCACAUCUUCUGACACUGAUGAGGAGGUGAUCAAACAAUUUGAGAUUUCUGUGUCCCGGUCGCAGAGUUUGCGCUCAGGAGCAUCUGAGAAAGGAAGGCAGGCAGGAUUGGAGCAGAAACCAAAAGCCAGACGCUGGCUCUCCACCCACAAAGAGGACAGCAAGGAAGUCCCUGCCUGCAAAGGUUUGGAUGGAGCCAGCCAACCAAAUUAUUCUGAGCAUCUGUCAUAUGGUGAAGAUGGCCCCAUCUCUGCCCACUCAUGGUCCCCAUCUGAGCUGGGGGACACCAGGCAACAGGGCACAUCUCCCCAAGAGACCUGUGUGGUCCGCUGCCUCAGCCGGCAGUCCACUGAGGGCAGCUUGGAGAUGGAGGCAGCUUUUAAUAACCGAGGAUUUGAAGAUUCCUAUGCCACUGACAGCUCCUCCGUGUGGAGUCCAGAGGAACAGGACAGGACCAGUUUUCAGGUGCCAUCUGGGGUCCCAGAGCCCAUCUCAAAAUGUGGCGACCUGGAUGUCAUCUUUGAAUACAGAGCCGCCAGCCAGAAGCUCACAGUGACCAUUGUAAGAGCACAGGGCCUCCCGGAUAAGGACAGAAGUGGCGUUAACUCCUGGCAAGUUCAUGUCGUGCUGCUGCCCAAUAAGAAGCAGAGGGGCAGGACAGGCAUACAGAGAGGGCCCAACCCCAUCUUCAAGGAGAAGGUCACCUUCGCCAAGCUGGAGCCCCGGGAUGUGGCUGCCUGUGCUGUCCGCUUCCGCCUGUACGCUGCCCGCAAGAUGACCCGUGAGAGGAUGAUGGGGGAGGGGCUGUUCUAUCUGAGCCACCUGCACCAAGAAGGGGAAAUGAAAGUGACUCUGGUUCUGGAACCAAGAAGUAAUAUCAGUGGUGGAGAGUCUCCGCUCAGCCCAUCUGCCGUUUCUCACAGUGACAGUGCUUCAUCCACGCAGUCGCUGUCGCAUGGAGGGGCGCCAGAGCUGUUAGUGGGACUGUCAUACAAUGCCACAACGGGGCGAUUAUCCGUGGAAAUGAUCAAAGGCAGCCAUUUCCGAAACCUCUCUGUUAACAGAGCUCCUGAUACAUAUGGAAAGCUCUUUCUCCUCAAUUCUGUGGGUCAAGAGAUGUCCCGCUGCAAGACAUCCAUCCGGCGUGGUCAGCCCAAUCCUGUCUAUAAGGAGACCUUCGUUUUCCAGGUGGCCCUCUUUCAGCUCUCUGAUGUCACACUGAUGAUUUCUGUGUAUAACAGGCGUACCAUGAAGCGCAAAGAGAUGAUUGGUUGGAUUGCUCUGGGCCAAAACAGCAGUGGAGAGGAGGAGCGAGACCACUGGGAGGAAAUGAAGGAGACCAAAGGGCAGCAGGUCUGCAGGUGGCACACUUUGCUUGAAUCCUAGGUUUGCCAACAGGUAUUUGUGGGCCACACCCACUGGGGACCUGAGUUUUGAUUAUUGGUACCAACUCAGUGCAUGUUUGCAGACCUUUUAAAGACAGGCUUUCAAUAGGAAUCAGAUUCUACUGACCCCUAGGGCAUUUGGGGCAGUGGGGAGGAUCUUUGGGUUUCUCAAAGGUUUGAUUUGGCUUUAAAUACUGUAAUUUUGAAAGACCCCAUAUGCACACUUGAGCACACUUUUUGGGAAAUGUUAUAGUAGUUGAGAUGAAUGAUGAUGAGUUAAUUUGUGUUAAUAGAUUACUGAGUUUUUGUUCAGGCUCUGGAAGAAAGCUUCCCUGGCUGUCUUUGCUUGAAAAGUAACCUGAGAUUGCAAGGGAGCUGUUAAAUGUUACUAUUUGUAACCACUUGUGUGUAUGAAUCAGAAUUUUCUUAAUAUGGUGCAAAACACUCCAAAAUACAGAAAUGAAUCUGAUGCCAAGCUCAUAAAGGAAUGUAACUAUCAUCCAUAAUCCCCUAUUUCUCAUUUUCCUCUUUAUAAAAAAAAACCUUUCAUUUAUUUGCCUAACAAAUAAGUGUUAUAAACUUACACUUAUAGAGCAGAUUUGUAUGAAUUAAAUACCUCUUUUUAUCUCAUAUAUGGUGGUUUCCUAUGAGAUUUGGUUAGAUGAACACUUUGAAACUAAAAAGGAAUUCAAAAACGACUGUUGUAAGACAACUCAUCUCCUUUUGACUAUGUAAGAUUUCAAAUUUAAAACUUUCAAGAUUUUUAUGCAGUUUUUUCACCUAAUAAAUUUUUACAGAAUGAGAAGAAAACUGAAAAACCCAUUUAAGUUAUGGAUGUAUUGAUUUUUUUGAAUCUAGUGUUCUCCUUCUAAGAUUAUACUUUUUCUGUAUUCAACACUAUAUAUGUGUGUGUGUGUGUGUGUGUAUUUCCUCCCCCCUUCGGCCGCACCUGUGGCAUGUAGAAGUUUCUGGGCCGGGGAUCAAACACACACUGCAGUUUUGGCCUGCCCCACGGCUAUGGGAACACUGAUCCUUAACCCGCUGUGCCACAUGGGAACUUCCUCAUAUAUAUAUAUAUACUUUGAUUGUGCACCUGCAUGUAAACCAUACUUUUUAAAUGCAAUAUUUUCCAUUAUCAGAGCAUAGUAAAUCAUUAUCCAGUGGGUCUUUAAUAAAUGUUUACUUAAUUGAUUCUUACAAAAGAACAUGUCACCACACUUGUGAAUGAAGAAUAUUUUCAGCUCAUAAGAAAUGACACUAAGUCUUUGAGCAUUUGAAGUGCUUAUAACUGUCAUUUUUCAUGGUAUUUUGAGCAACAUAGAUUAGUCACUCCUUGCAUUCUGGGCACGUGCCGUUCAGAACGCUGAUCAUGUGUGGUGAUGAGCAUAAGAUUUUACUUCCAAGUGACUUUUACAUAUUUGUGCCAUGCAUGUUUCUUUUUCUUAGAUCUGAGCCCUUGAUUUCGAUUUAAAUUGGCAGUAAUAAAAUGAAGGAAGGAAUGUGUGUACAUUAACACUGAGCCCCAUGUGCAGCUCUUCUGAGCAAUCACUCAGUCACUUAUUUUUAGCUUUUAUGUUUCAUUGUUGACUUUUUGCUGUCUGUGGGAAGAGUGAUAGCUAGGGAUGGAUGUAUACAGUUAAAAACACAUAACUCCUCCUCAGCUCUACAUUUUGACAGAUUGUAAACGUAGGCUGUAACACUUGGAGCACAUAUUUAUUCCUUACAGUGUAUAAUGGUUAUCCUGACAAGCCCAGACUCGGACACAGGAUAACUCAACUAUGAUUUCAAGCUGCUGAGAGAAGUGAUUUCAUAUGGAAGAAUCAGAAUUAGCCAAAUAAAUGAGUAUCUCCGUUGCUUUUCAGGUCGUGGGCGUUUUGUCUAGAAUGUGGCUCUGUUAUUGGGAAUCCGUAAUAAAACCAUGCUCCUUUGGGUUUUUCCCCUACCUUAUCUUUGAAAGACCUCAGAGUACUUUCCCAACAUUAUAUCCAUUAACUGCUGAGUGGCUUUGCAGUGCGGCUGUGUCAUCGAGUAGAACUGAGUGCAAUUGAUUAAGUAGCGGCACAAAGAAUUGGCUUUUCACAUCCCUUACUCUCUUUAUGCACUUGUGCUUAAAGGGAAGCACAGCAGCCUUGUUAUGCUUUCCUUUAUGCAGUGACAUAAAAGCAGCAUUCACUUUAAAAUUUACAUUUGAAAAAAAUCUGCAUGUAUUGUAGAGACAGGCCUGGAUUUUUCCUCCUCAUAUUUUUUCUGCUCUAUGUUUUGCUACAUCCUUUGUCUCAUGGUGCCUAAUAAUCACCUAUACUUCAUUUUCCACUGCCUUGACCCAUCAUUUCUAAGGUUUUCUGUUGGCGUAGUGAAAAUAUCCUUGCAUGUUUGACCUGCCUUCUAAUAGUCUGCUUGUGAUACAGUUUACAGAAACCUUAAGGUAAGGGAUGCCUGAAAAGCAUUUUUCAUUUGUCUAAUUUUACUAUGUUGAUGCUAUUCGCCAUGUAGGAUGCAUGUACAUCUUGAAUAUAUAGCAACAUUCACCCUACAGCUAGCUGAUUGUAUAACUAUAAAAUGCUAAUGACAAGAUACAUAAAAAUACAAGGCUGAAUUUUUUUUACGUUGAUUUGAAAUUCUGGUUUAGCAAAAUCUUUUCAUUUUGUGCACUCAAAUUUCCUUGGCAAAGUCUAGACACAAUGUAUUUAACAUGUUUUUCACUCGCUCUUUCACAACUACAUUUGCUUUUCAAAAGAGUUAUGAAAGAUAAGUACUUGGUUCUGCAGUGAAAAGGCUGCUUUUGCCUGUUUUUAUCUAGCUAAUAAUUCAUAUCUUAUAAGAACAUAUGAAAUUGAAGAAACACUGAUAUUUGUUGCUUGGGUAGUUCUUUCCAUGAUUUUUGCCAAAGAGAAUGUUUUAAAAUAAUAUUGUGGAGGGUAAAUGAUGCACUAGGUUUAUGAAAUGUGGUUUACAGCGUGCCUUCUUUCAAGGCACGAGUUUACGCUGAAUCGAGAAGUGCUCGUUUCACCAAUCACCGUGGUGGUUCUUGUGUUCCCUGCGCCUCUCUGACUAUUGUUGAAUUUUUAAAUGGGCCAUUCACCCAGCAGCCGAGCACCUGCUCUCACUCCUCUCCUUCACUGGCUCCCAGUGUGAUGCACAGUUGUUUUGGACCCUCUUUUUGCUGCUGUUGCAUAACUGGGAGGGGGGAGGUCUGGCCUCUCUUUACAGAAGAAGGGCUUGUAAUGCCUUGGAAUGUAACAGACUUGGCAUUCCACCUGUGCAAAGUUUGAGAUGGAAUCCUUGCCAUGAUGAGCAAGAGGAAGGAAAGCAGGGGACUGUGGCUCCCUUCAGGCACUGUUCACUCUGCAUCCCCUUCAAUGAUAGUCACAGAUUGACCUCACAUGCUGAUAUUCUCCAUAGUGCCAGGUGCUACAGCGAGCCUGAAACCAAGCCUCUGCCUUUGCAACAUCUAGGCUCACAGUAUUUUACAAAUUGUUAACACCUCUAGGUCAGUCACUGUGUUUUACCUCCUGGCUGUACUACAUGGUCUUAUCUGACCAUCCAAACUCUUUCCAAGUCAUGCAUUAUUUAAGCUGAAAAUCCCAUCAGGUUAAGUGCAAAUGCUUCUCUGAUAGCCCCUAGAUUGAUUAAAUUGAUGGCUCAGUAUGGACGGUGGAACUGGGGGUGUCUCAAAAGCCUGCCUAUCCUUUUGCAGCAGAGGGCUUAGUACACGAAAAUCAGAAAAGUAAGUAGGAAAGGAUUAUUUGUAGAUGACAUAAAACCAAGUGCAGGCAUAUCCUUUAAUGAUAAAGUAACAGGACUGAACAUUACAUGUGGUAUCUCCUCUUACCUUUGAGGAAACCAUGGCCAAAGAAAAUUCUUUUCUAUUUGGUCCACAAUCAAAGCAAAUGAUAAAUAAUCCUGAAAUGGUGAAAGUAUUUUUACUGUAUUAAAAAUCAUAUGUUCCUUCCAAAGAGAAAAAAGCUAGUCAAAACUAUAAAACAAACAAUAUAGCAUGGGUAGGAAGAAUUAAUGAAUCAAUAAAUAUGCUACCUUUUGCAUCUACUGCAUAUAUGCAAGAAGACUAAGCUAACAUAAACCAAAAGCCAUUUUAGAUGAACUGUCAUUUUCACAACCUGUGGAAUCCUGGAAAAUACUUAAAAUGAGGGGAAUAAAAUUGGUCUAACCCAACUCAGAGAAGUUGGCACAGGCUGUGGUCUCAGCCAGGGUUUGGAUGGAUCUCUGCCUACUGUGUGGCUUUAAGAAAACUACUUAGCCAGCCUGCGUCCCUGUUUAGUCAACUAGAAAGUGCAAAUAAUACUUACCUCAUAAGGUUUUUAAAAAAUGAAAUACCAGUGUAGAGAUUGGAAUGUGGUUAUCAUUCAAUAUUCCCCCCCCACAGUCUUGCAUAAAAAAGAAAAAGGUGUUUAACGUUUGUUUCUCUUUCUAGCUAAGGUAAUAUGAAUACUAGAAAAGAAUGAGGAACAAUUUUCGAUACUUUAAAAAGAUUAGGCACAUGAAGCUAGUCUGAAUUGGAGGCAACCUAAACCGAAAUAAACCCGGUCUAUGGAGGAAAUUGAGUCUUAAUAAAUCCCCGACAAGGUACAAUAACCAAAUCUUGUCUUUUAUCCACCCUGGUGCUUGUGUGCACAUCUUAAUAAUUCACAUACAGGGCCUCUCCGGGCACCCAGCUCAUCUCUGCUGUUUGUAUGCGGACAGAUCAUCUUGUCACCAUCAAAGGAGUUGGUAAAGAUGGCAGCGUGAAUACAGAUUUCAACUUCAUUCUGAAAGUAAAAUAAAUAGUAUGGCAUGAUACUGAUACUCUUUUUAAGAUGGACAACAUUCUUUUUGGGGCCUAUAUUUUAUAUCUAUAGUAUUUCUUUAUAGGUAAAAAUUUUUUAAUGAUCUAAUCAUCCAGCUGUCUAAACUUGCCUAACGUUCAACUAGGAAGUAAUAUUCAGGACCAAUUAUUUAUCACUGUUUUCCUACAGAGGUCAUAAUGAAAGGAUCCUAUCAGGGUUGAUUGAUACUCUUUUUCUUUCUUUUUUUUUUUUCUUUUUAGGGCUGCACCCACGGCAUAUGGAAGUUCCCCAGCUAGGGAUCCAAACAGAGCUGCAGCUGCACCGCACCACCACAAUGCCAGAUCCGAGCCGCUUCUGCAACCUAUACUGCAGGAUUAUGACAAUGCUGGAUCCUUAACCCACUGAGCAGGGCCAGGGAUUGAACCCACAUCCUCAUGGAUGCUAGUCAGAUUCGUUUCCGCUGCACCAUGACGGGAACUCCCAACACUAACUCCUUUUGAAAAUGGUUUUUAAGAGUGACUUGUUGAUAUAAUAGAAAAUGUGUUCAGUUGUCCUCCAGUGUUCAAAUCUUAAGAGAGUUUCCUAGGAGCUCAGAAGAGCCUUUGCCCAUUCGAUUGGAAGAAGUCAGCAGCAAACCUCCUGGUGUUGAGUGUAACCAGGUGCCAUGAAUCAGUCAUGCAUACUUAUGGUUUUAACUUGAGCAGGGUUCUGGGAUGGGGGCAUGUGAGGCCACAUUCCCAAAGUGUUGACUCAAGUCCUAAGAUUCCAAGUUAAGGAGAAGCACAAAAAAAAAAAAAAAAAAAAAAAAAAGGAAAAGAAGCCCUUAGCUUGGGGGCUUUAGUUGGGAGUAAUUCAGCAUCUAGGGAAGUUAAAGGGGUUGAAUGGGUAUUGAGAAGGCUGAGGAGUGACUUCUAGGAAGAGUUAUCCAGAAUGGAAAUAGUGCUGACCAAGAGGAUGACUUACUACCUCUGUGUUUGACAUGUGGACAGACUCAGAGCUCCCACCUAAAUCAAGUCAAGAGAGUUGAACUUAGGUAUAAGGAAAAUGAUAAGUAAGUGGCUUGCCUUAGUUCACAGUGUAUCCAUUGGGCUUCCUUGUGUCUGGCCUUGUGCUUUUUGGGUUAGCACAGGACUUACCGUCUUUUUGGUGUGCUGUGACUACACUUAGAAGCAAUUAAUUAGUCAUCAUAAAAAACAGCAAUGCUUACCAACAUACAGUUGUUCAAUCGGACUAAUCAUGUACCAUUAAAAAGUCAAAUCCCUUUUCAUGAGUUAUUGGAAAGAUGUGAAACAUAUCGAUUCAAUUUAUUAGACAAUCAGGGAGCCCAGGAGUUGGAGUAUGUUGGGUCAUGUUGUAGGGGGAAUCGCCAAGGAGAUCCCAGAAUCCUCACCUUUGCAAGACUUUUAAAAUAGAAACAUCCACAUAAGCUGUGGGUUCUAAAGGAAAACAGUAGGUCACCCAGGAAGACAGCUGCUGUAAAGUUCCUUCUGUGCCUCCUAUUUUUUAUGUAACCUCCAAACAGGAUUAACAGUAACAACCCUCCUGGCCUCUUCCCCUUUGGACGUUUUCCCACAUUGAUUUUUCUCUGCAUCAUAGAAGGCUUUCCCCUGGGGGAGUUCCUGCCCCGUUUUGUUUUGCUGACUUUGAGGAUGCCUGCAGGCUCCAGGUGAGGUUUUUCUCCUCUGGUGCUUUGACUGGUUUUGUUUCCCUUGGGUCACAAAGCAGUAUCCUAGACACACAGACAAUAAUCAGCAGUAUUUAUAGCCCCUCUGGAACCUGUAAAACAGCUCGAGGCUUUACAGAACAAACUCAGGCAUGGAGGCAGGCACAGAGGCCUCUGGAUACUUGUAGGAUGAAACCAUGCUACCUGCUCUCCAUUGCUCACUAAUGCUGCCCUCACGUGUCUCCAGGGCAGUUUUUCUGUCAUGCCUUCCAGUGACAGUGUUACCAGUUCCACGUUAAAUGUGGUGAGAAGGCUCUCUUCCUGUUGGUAUUACCAUAUUUUUGCAGUAUUAUUUUUACCUCAUUUUCUCCUUAAAGUAUCUACUUGUACUAUCUGAAUGUUUUAGGUCAUAUAAAAUUUAUUCAUUCAAAAGAUAUUAAGUAUAUUUAUUAUAUCCUAUGCUCUGAGCUAAGGGCUGGAGAAUAGCAGGUAAAUAAAACUGCUUGAGCUCAACCAUCACUUUUCUUUCUAAAUAUUUAUUAAUUUAUUUUGCUAGAUUCUGAUAAGAACUCUAGGUAAAUACUAAGAUCUUUUAUUAUCCUGUAACUUUUGGCUUAAUGUAUUUCUAUAAAGGUCUCUCUCCACUCCGAAUUGAGAGAGGAUUUAAGAAAAGUGGGAGUUACUACUCUGCCUCCAGUUAAGAAAUAAAUGCACUUAUUUAUGCUUCCCUUUGAAAUAAAUGGAUAUGUGUUGCCUCUGAAGGAAGAAACUCAGAUUCCAUUCCAGUAAUGAAAUGAGUUGUAGCAUGAAAUAGAUUGUGGAUAUUUAAUAUAUUUUAUUUUUAGAAUUGAAUAUUGAAUGCCCUUUGCAAGGCAGUAAGCUAGACCCUGGAACGCUAGGUCCGUGCAAACAAAUGUAACACAGUUCUUAUAAGCUCAGUGUUUUAAUAGUUGAAAAGCAUUGCUACCUUUUACUUUUUGAAAAAGUGAAUUAGAGACUGGCUUCCAGAUAAAGGGGUGAUGGUGUGACCAAAAGUAUCUGCUUGCACCUCUGUUUCUUUUGAUUAAAACUUGUCUUAGAUAUUAUACAUUAAACACAUUUAGGGCUUCCUAUGACAUAGGGAAAUGUCAAAACUGGGGAUGUUCCUACCUUGGCAAGUAGACCAAUUAUUAUUUUCUAGUCUCAGACAGUUUAAAAUCAGUGUAAUUCAAACUCUCAAUGCCUUCAAUUGUAUAAAAGGAGAUAAAAAUAGCAUUUUUUUUUCCCCAGUGGAUUUAUUGCUUGGAUUUUUUUUUUUGGGGGGGUCUUUUUAGGGCCACACCCACAGCAUAUGGAAGUUCCCAGGCUAGAGAUCGAAUCGGAGCUGCAGCUGCCUACCACAGCCACAGCCACAGCCAUGCCAGAUCCAAGCCAUGUCUCAACCUACACCUCAGUUCACAGCAGCACUGGAUCCUUAACCCACUGAGUGAGGCCAGGGAUCAAACCCUCAUCCUCAUGGAUACUAGUUGGGUUUGUUACUGCUGAGCGACAAUGGGAACUCCUAUUGCUUGGAAUUCUUAAAAUUGUGAAAAUAUAUCUCAAACAUCCACUAAACAUGUCUCAAUCCAUGCAAGUUAGGCUAGAAUAUGGCCUAAAAAUUGUUGCUGAAGACAAUUUUUUAGUGUUGCCUAGUUGAUGGCCCAUAAUAAAAAAGUUCACAUCUUUUACUUGAUACAGACCUUGUGUUUAGGAAAAGAUGUCAGAAGGCUGCCAACAAAAACUCUGAUUGGUGAGGAAUAUGUACACUAAAAGAAUAUUUCCAUGUUAGUUAUUCCGUAUAAUAUAUUCACAUUCUAAGGCCGCAUGUCUCUCAAGAGUUUGUCAAGUUUUUUUAUAGUUGGUGCCUUCAACAAAGCUUACUAAUUCUGCCACAUAUCCUUGUGGACCAUGCUAAUGUUUAUUAAUUUACAACUACCCCAAAAUAUAAUGCAGUCUUCCGUUAUGCCACCGUAAUAAUACAGCUACAAGUUAAAUUUUAGCGUUAUGAAUCACAAAGUCUUCUUCAGAACUUUAAUUUUAUUAAAGAUUCUACUCAGUUUGUGAAUAAGAAUAUUUGCAUACAUUAUUGUGAUUGAGAAAUUUGUAUAUUUGUUGGAAUAAGAUUUGACUUCUAUUUUCAGAGGGAAAAAAUACGAUAGUCUUUUAAUCUAUUUACUUUUUUUAAAAGAUGCUUUUUUAAAAACUUAAUUUUUUAAGCAGUUUUAAGUUCACAGAAGAAUUGAGUAGAAAGUUCAGAGUUCCUAUAUGCUCCCUCCCUCCACACCUGAUACCUCCCCCCACACUUGAUACCUCCCCCCACGCUUGAUACCUCCCCUGCUAUCAACAUCCCGCACCAAGAUGGGUACCAUCUGUUACUAUUGGUGAACCUAUGUUGACCCAUCAUUACCAUCCAAAAUCCAUAGUUUACCUCAGGGUUCCCUCUUGGGAGUCUCAUUACCUUAAAAACCUUUGUCUUCUGCUUCUUCAUACCUCCCUGCCAACCCUUAGCAAUCAGUGAUCUUUUUACUAUCUCCAUGUUUUUGCCUUUUCAGAAUGUCAUAUUGUUGGAAUCAUACAGUGUGUGGUCUCUUCAAAUUGGCUUCUUUCAUUGAGUAAUAUGGAUUUAAGUUUCCUUCAUGUCUUUAUAACUCACUUCUUUUUAUUUAUUUUUUUUUAUUUUUUUUUUACCAUAUGAUCCAAAGCAAUUUUAACUCACUUCUUUUUAACGCUGAAUAACAAAAUACCAUUGUCUAGAUAUGCUGGUUUAUUUUUUUUAAAUCUAUUUACUUUUAUUUGCAGUUCUAACUGCUGUGUUACGUUUUGUUAGCAUUUACAUCCUCAAGAAAAAUAGAUGGAUUAAUACAUAUGAUUCACCAAAUGUAGCAACUUCCACUUUGGGAUCAAUUUCACUUAUUGAGCUUAUUUUACAUUUGUGAGGAUUCAUGAAAAAAAAAUCACAUAAUUUUGUCAUUUAAUGUAUCCAAGCCGUUUUCUCCUCCAUUGGAAUCUAAGUGGAGGAAGUUCUGAAGGCUAAGAAGAAGUAAUCCCCAAAUUUAGCAACUCUGGUGUUUUCAGUUGUUGAACAAUGAUUUAAAUCUACCUAGAAAGUGCUAAUAACAUUGUUACCAGACUCUUGAUAGAAAACCAUCUUCUGUUACUAGUUUAUAUGAUUACAUUUUCUGCUGCUGCUGAGAGAGAGGAAGCUUUGUGACUGUGCCCUGGCAUAGUCAGUUGUACAGAUUAGCCAAACAUGGUAUGUGAGCAUGUGGAUCAUACAGGAGCUCUAAAUUCUGAAUGGAAGGAUAAACCCUGAUGAUGCCUUGGCCUGAUGAGUGAUGACACUCGUAAUCACCCUGGGUGAAGGGGGAGGCCUGGCUGAUGAGCAAUAUCUGGUAAACGUUUUGACAUUAUUUAUAUGUGUCCUGACUGCCCUUUGCUCAGUAGUUGCAGCAACUUGUAGAAGCUGGACAUUAGCAUGAAGAUGAAGGUGUGGUUGCAGAAAGAAUGUUGGAUUUGAUUAAAAUUACCAAGACCUCUGUUUUGGUACCAAGUCUUCACCUAAUGAGCUCUAAUAUGAAUGUCAGGUCACAAGUGCUCCAAGCCUUCGUUUUUGCAUCUGUCAGAUGGAAAUGGUAAAUACUCACUUUACUUAUUUUUACCAGGUUAUUCUAAGAAUAAGAUUCAUUCAUUCCUUUGCUAAUACAACAAACAGUCUGAGUUUCCACCAUGUACCAGGGUUGUAGGCCUAACAAAGUGACAGAUGAAAAAGCACUCUGCAUAAUUAAGAGUUUUUGAAGUCUGUGAAAUAUUUCAUUUUUUUUUAUUUUUAGGUAAUUCUUACAUUUUACUCAGUUCUUAUAUCAAAGUACUUGACACUUUUAGAUCUCUGCCAAUCAUCAUAUUCACAGCAUGUUAGUAAUUUGACUAAAAAAAGAUGGAAAGGUUCUUAUCCAUUCUGCCUCUGAGAAGAGAAAAACAAAGUAUUAGGUUCUAAUUCUUUUGCUCAGACACCCUGACCACAGAACAAAUGACAAACCCAUCAUCUCAGUAGGCUUUCCAAUCUUUGAGUUGAACACAAACCUUUUUCAGAACGGUUAAAUUUUAUUUAUUUUUAUUUUUUUUUUUUAAUGGCCGCAACUGCAGCAUAUGGAAGUUCUGGGCUAGGUGUUGAAUCAGAGCUGCAGCUGCAGCUGCAGCUGAAGCCUGCACCACAGCCACAGCAACACCAGAUCCAAGCUGUGUCUGCAACCUACACUGCAGUUCACAACAACGCCAGAUCCUUUAACCCACUGAGCAAGGCCAGGGAUCAAACCUGCAUCCUCAUGGAUAUUAGUCAGGUUCUUAAACCCCUCAGCCAUGAUGGGAACUCCCAAGAACAUUUCAACUUAAAGCGCAAGGAAAGUACUAAAUAACUUUUUUGCACAAAGCAGGAUUUAAAUACAGUAUUCAAAAAGAUGCUUCCCUCACCAAAAUAAAUAAAUAAAAGGUCCUUCAACCUGAAUUAUUAUUUUUUGUUUGAAGAAUCAGUCUUCUCCAUCUUUUCUCUUUCCUAAGUAGCAUUUAUCAUCUCUCAGAAAAAAAGUAAAGAUUAAAAGAAAUAUUUUCAAGGUACAUCCAAGAUUUCAUAGCAAUAUUUUGUAUGCACAGUGCAAGAUAAAUCUGACUCUCACUUUUUUUUUUCCGGUCUUCAUAUGGCAUCCGAAGCAGUUGUUCACAUUCACACAUUUAUGUUUUACCAUAUGCAUACUGUGUGCAAUUCUGUUGUUUUAAAAUAUUUUAUUGGUUUUCCUUUAUAUCAACUUUUGAUGGGUGUCGCUGAAGAACUUGAAUGAAAAAAAAUACCAGUGUGAAUGAUUCAUUCAUUUUGAACAUAUCUAACUAUUGGGGGGAGAUUUUUACCCUACAUGAGGCACACUGUUCUUAGCAGGCCCUGUGCUUUGUAUUUCUGUUCUAGUCACAGCUGGAGGCUGGAGAUGAAUUAAUAUUGUAAACCUGUACCUUUUCUCUCAUGAGUUAUUUAUAUACUAGACUGUCCUUACUUUUUGGUGGUUGGGAAUGCCAGUCAUAAGUUGUAUGGAUUUCAUGUGUGGGGGCAGUUUAGUGUGACAUGGUUUGAUAUCCAGUCUGGUCUUCCUUUAGCUUUCCAAGUCAUUAGCAGACGUUCCUGGGCAGAUUUGUGGUGUGGGGCCAGACCUGUUAGUUGUAAGAUAGGAACUGCCCUCAACCUUUCCCACUGCUUCAUGGACCUUUUCAGACCAGCUGCUGUCAUAUUUUUCCUUCAAAUUUUCCAGCAGAGAAUCAAUCUCUGCGUGGUCCAGAGGCUUAAGACAAAAACAAAAGUACUUUUUUCCUCCAAAGGGUGGAACUCUCAUUUUAGAAGCUUCUGCAAAUCUUCAGAACAUUCCAUACAGGUGUCCCUGUGUUUCUCACAGUAUGACUUCCACUUACGGUGUCUCUGAUUUAAGAAGCAUGAAUGUUUCUCUAGCUGUUACCAGAACAAACAGCUGUAGCACACCACCCCAUUUCUAAAAUUGUGAAAUUCUAUCAGUGAAGAAUAUAUAGGAAAAGGUUCGGGAUUUUUUUAACUGUUAAAAACUAGAAUACCUUUCUACCUUUUGUAAUAUUUAAGAUUUCGUAACACUGGUUUUAAUGUACUACCCUUGCACUGUUAUGUCUUGUGUUUUAACUGAGCAAGCUGGUGAAUUUUAAUGUCGAUACUCAAUUCAGUAUUAAUACUGUGUUAGAAACACUCUUUGAAAACAUAAAAUUGUUUACCUGUGAUAAAGAAUAAGUUUGUGAUUGGAAGAAUGACACUGUUUUUCUUGUACAAAUAAUGCUUAAGGCAGAUGUUCAGAUUCACAGUGAUGUUAGAAACAUAUUUUAUGCAGCCUAAAAACGAUUUCUGUAUUAGAUAUUUAAAUGCAUGAGGAUAAAUUCUAAUUGCUUUUUGUUUAAAACGGAAACAUAGAAGAAGCAUUAGCCCCAGUUUGUACAAAAUGUCUGCUGCAACUGAGCUCAUGUUAGUUCAAAACUGAAAAUCAUUCCAAUUUUGUAAAACUGCUGUUACUGGUUUUAUCAAUAAAGUUUAAGCAGAUGGCUUAUAUGUAUACGUGUGAAAUUUUUUUAAGUUAAAAAAGACACAGUUUUGCAGCAUCAACAUGCAAAUUUUAUGGGCCUGAAUGAUACUGCUUAUUUUAGUAUAUACAAAAAACCAUUAAUUCCAAAACCAUACCAACUGCAGAUAUAUAUCUCAAGAGAGAGAAUUAUAAGCAUUAUAUUUAUGACCCAUAUAAUUUAUUUUGGUCUUAGGUUGCUUUAGGGUUUUAUAUUGAACACAUACGCAAAUAAAUGUAUAUCAACUCAAAUGCUAGUGUUGAAUUUAAAUUAAGAAUAUUGGAUAAGUAAGGAGCUCUAUAAAUGGAAAGAUCACCUGAAAAAAUUUCACCUGAGGAAGAUUCUGAGAAGGCAAAAGGUAGGCACCCUGUACAAAUGUGCAGGUGAUUACUCAUCUGAGAGGCUCUGGUCCAAAGUCCUCUCCCUUCUAUGUAUAGAGAAUUUUGAUAAGUUGACAAGGCUCAGAUGCAACAAGCUAGAAGCAGAGGGGGCAGGGCUACAAUGAACAGAUACCUCCACAGCCAUAAAAGCAAGGCUGACAUCCCCCAAACAAAAAAAAAAAAAAGAAAGAAAAAAUCUAUAGACGUUCCAGGGAAAAUCUAUUUUUGCCAUUUUGCAUACUAUAUUAGUUGAGGUAAUUAGUGCUGUGCGUUAUCAUAAACCCAAAUGUCAGUGAGCUCGUGUAAGAAAAGUUUAUUUCUCACUAGGAUGUUUGUGCCCAUGCAGCUUGCUUUCUUAGCAUCUCAGGGAUUGAGCUCCCUCUCAGAAUCCUUAGAACCUCUGAAGAAAUACUUGGUCAUAAAAAACAGAGAGGGAAGAAAAGUCAUGAGAUUUGCCUCUCUCUAAGGAGCCAGGCUUAGAGGUGGCAAUCUCUACUUCUUUCUGUCCAUUGGCCAAAACUAAUCAUUGGACCCCACUUACAUUUAAGAAGGCUGGUAACUGUUGUUUAUUUGUGCCUACAGGAAAAUGAAUUAGUUUGGUGAGAAUCUUCUGAACAGUAUCUAGCAUUUUUUUUCUCAAAUGUUGUGCUGGUGGUGAUUUUUAAGGAAAGCUUGCUAAUUGCAGGAUCAUUUCUUAUGUUGCUGAGGUUCUUCCUAACCCAUGGUGGCACUAAGAACAUUUACAGGCUGAUUAAGAAUUCUAGUGUUCACCCUAGUCAUCUUAGAGCAUUUCAGCACUAUUUAGCGUGGUUGUGGGAGCUUGCAAAUAAAGAUCAUUUGCAUUCACAAUUCUAAAGUCACAGGGCAGAGUUUGAACAGUCAGACAAAGUAUGGUUGAGCAUUUCUACAUUUGUCUAUGCACUACAUACAUAUGUGAUAAUUUAAAAACAUCAAAGAAAAUAUAUAAAAUUGUGAGCAAAAACAGAAUAUUGCAGAGGGAACAGAUUUUUAAAGUAAAUCAUUUGCAGAACCAAAAACUCAACAAAUGAUUGCUGCCUUCUAACCUUCCUUCAGCAGAGAUUUAAACAUCCUUACAUGUUAAAAUAAUUGAGGCAGCCAUCUAUGACUGUGGUGCUUAAAAUCUUUUGUAGCAAUUAAAAAAAAAAAACCUUAACCAUCAUGAGUAACAUUUGAUUGAUGAAUCAAAUCACAUUAUAUGCCUUGUAAACCUCAUAGUCUCUCUACAGUUUCCCUAGAGUUUCUCCAGGGGGAUUCAAAAACAGGGCUCAAGAGGAAGCUUGGGUGACAGUUCAGAGCUCUGAUGAAUUUUAAUGUGCAUUCUACUACAUAAUAAAAUAUCUCAUUCUUUUUGGCAAACAGUUAAGGAGUAGGAGACAUCAGAAUGAGCAUUAUAUCUGUGGUUCUCUCAAGGAGGGACAAGAUUCAGUGGUGAUAAGAUUAGAAUUUAGAUGAAUUCUAAGGUGGAUUGUGUGGUAUUUUAAUAUUUAAUUUUAAAAUCUAAAAUUGUUGAGUGAAAGAUGUGCUCUAAUCACUUACCAGAAGAGUCAAAGAAUUCAUAAAAAUUAUGUGUGAAGACACAGUCCAGUGAAAAUGAACCUCUCAUACAUGUUUUCUCUUACUGGCUUUGCCACUGAGCAGCUCUGUGAUCUUGAGAUUACCUUGACCUUUCCUUCAUGUCUUCAAAUGUCUGUUAUUUUUCUUAUGGUCCCUCAAGAUGAAGAGGGAAUUUGGCAGUUAUUUCAUGAGUUGUAUUGACAACAGAAAAGACAAUUUCCUGGUCAGUUCUAAUAAAGUAUACUGGAAGUGCCAUCUGUAUGGGUCAAGUUAGUUAGCUGCUUCCAAACUGAUUUUUUUUUUCACUCUAUUGAGAUGCAGCAUGUGAUGAUGGAAGUUGUGUGUUACCCAAGGUACAGAAGAAUUUUAAGGAAAUAAACAGCAGCUCAGAGGACUCACACCUACUUUGGAGGACACAGAAGGAAGAGAAUUAGGAAAAUAGAUAAAGGACUUUUGGGUUAUUUCCUAAUGCCAUUAAACUCCAGGUAGUGACCUUUAUUAAAGUGGUUUGCAAAGGAAAAGAAGUUGAUAUAUCAAUGUGAGUUCAUUAAGGGCAGCAAAUGGUUUUCUGUGUAACAGGCUUUUUCCCUCUCCCUCACUUAACAAAAAAGGACAGCUGCUCGUGGCUGCCCUCGUGGCUUAUGUAAGUUCACGAACUGAUACCUGUAUAGCAAAAGGGAAAACAGAAGCCUUGAACCAGGAAAGGUGGCUCCGUUGGCUCACAUAUGCUGGCUCAUGGUUACCUGUGAUGUACCAGGUGCUGUGUGCUAAGUGCUGGGGAAACAGUGAUAACAGGGUGGAUCUAGCUGAAAACCUGGUGUGAUGACUAUUGUGAAAUGGAACCAGUAGGAUGAUUUGGGAAUAUGAGUAGGAGGCUAAUCUCGUUGGUGGGAGGCUUUAAGGGAAAGCCACUCUGAGGAAGCAGUAUUUAAGCUGAGGCUUGAAGGCUGAGUAGGAGUAAGCCAGGUGAAAGGCAGGUGGGUUAAGGAAGGAGACGCAGCAUGUACAAAAUACCCAAGACAAAUGAGAACCUUCCCCAUUUGAGGAAAUGAAAAGAGUGGACCUUGAAUAGCAAAGGGGAGAGCCUCCUGAACCUGAGCUAGUCAGGAAGGCAAGGCUGACUGAGGUAUCAGCCCCUUUCUUCCCUGACAGUGAAAAAGAAAGAAGUAGCAGUGAUGUAAUUCUGACUGUGGCCAUCGCCCAGAUUUGAUGUGUGCCAGUCUCAAAGACACCUUUCAUACCUGACAGCUGAAAUGUGGUCAUCAGAUCUACAACCCACUUAGUACUUCUUCCAGAUUUUAACUUAUCAGCUUUUUCCUUCCAGCUUUGCUGAGGUAUAACUGACAAAACUGUAGGUUAUUUAAAGCAUACAACAUGAUGAUUUGAUACAUGUCUACAUUAUAAAAGGCUGUCUAAAAUUGAGUUUAUUAUUAACACAAGGUUAUCAGCUUUUAAAUCUUAGGGCUAACAGACUGUUAACAUCACUUUUUGUCAUAGGUGUUAAGUUGGUACUGGGUGCCUGAGGGAACAGGGCCCCCUGAGAUUUGUAGGGCCAUUUUGUGUAGCCCCUUCAACCUUGCAGAAUGUCUGCAAUUGCAGAAGUUAAGACUACACCGCACAGAAGCUCUGCCCUGUCUCCAAAAACAGCAACUUUUCUUUUUAAUUGAUUCCCAGUGGUGCUCUCUUCCUUCCAGGCCCUGGCCUGACCCUUUAGGGAACCAAGAAAGUGGUAUAUCUCCUUCUUCAAUGAGAUUCCUCUCUGAGAAUAACAGUGAGCAUAAUUUCUCUGCUGUGCUUAUUUUCCCUUCUUUAAUUUGGAUUGCUGACUACUUAAAUUUACCCACUUUGACAUCCUCAACAUCUCCCUCUACCCAAGAACAGCAACCUCAUGGUUGCUGAACAAGAAGCAGCAAUGAUAAAAAAUGAAAAUGUAGCCUGAGUGACACAAUACAGAGACAAUGCAAUCUUUUAGGUGAAUUUAUACUAAAGUGUAAAUGGCUGCAACAUGUAUACCUUCUCCAGUCUCCUUUUUGAAAAGUACCUUCUCUUUUGUAUAUUUUUACUUUAAAGAAGUUUGCAUAUUACCCUGAUGUUUUAAUUAGCCAUUGGAUCAAAACGAAGUCUUUCUAACUGUAUAAAAUAUUUUUCCUCAAACUUCUGGCACCAUACCAGGAGGCAGCCACCGAGAGUGCCAAAAGGAAUUAGACUCUGGUCCGAUUUUCAUGUAUUACUUAUUUUUUCCCGCUUCAAAAUCUGUUGAUUGCUCAAACAUGCAGACACAAACAGCAACACAUUGGGGAGAGAAGUCCCAGAGGACGAACGAUCCUUUACUCUUCAUCCCACAUGCCUCACCCCAUUUCACACGCACACUCCAUCUCUCCCCUUGCUGGGGACCUUCCCCAAGGCAAAAGGCAUCCCAAAGGGUCUAAAGGCACUGACCUAGUCCUGCUGGAAGUGCCAACCCACUCCGGUCCUCAAACCCGAUCCUUCCAUGGGACAUUCAGAUAGGGCCUACAGCGAGUAACCCCGCGGCGGCUGAGGCACGGCCACAACACUUGCCCAGGCCCUCUGAGCAGAGUCAGAAGCCCUGCUCUCAGAGCUGCAGCGCUCACCCACUAGCAGCUCCCCAGCCCGCUCUCCAGCACCCGACUAAGGCCAGUACAGGACCCCUAUUUGGGGCUCUUUGUUCACCGCCUUCCUGGUUCCUGCUCUCAAACCUUCCUCCCAGCAGCCCCCACCGGAGCAUCCGACCUACAGGAAAGUUGCUCUCGAGCUGUGGAGGGGCGUCAUCGCCUCCUAGCAACGCGCCUAGCAACCGGGUAACAUCUGCUCCCUCUGGUCCAAUGCGAGCCGAGAACAGCUGCGCGCCCGCCUAGCGUUCCAAACCCGGAGCGAGAGGCGCUUCACAGACUGGAGGGACGGACCUGCGGGAGCCAGGGCUGCCCCCGAGCUGCAGUUGCCGCUGCUUCCACUGUCGCGCCGCCACUGCCGUCGCUGUCGCUGUCAGCGCCUGUCUGGAGAGUGACAGCGCCGCAAAAGCGGGAGGGAGCACCGAACCCCGCGCGUUUACGAAACAGGUGUAUGUGCCGGUCUCCUGGCGAGUGGACCCAGCUCGCAAGGUAACCAUUCAUGAGCCUGAGGCUGUGAGAAAUGCUCGCUGUGCGAAGGGGAAUUCUCACCAGAUUUUCUAAAGCUGUCCUAGAGAUACACUUUUCAGAUUGAUUCAGCAUUACCAGCUUAUCCAACAAAAGUAUUAACAUACACAUUAACAACGUCGAAAGUAGCCUACUUUAAGAGAAAAUAUGCAGAAGAAGAAGAUUUACAUCAAGAUUACCAUGGGUAUUUUCCAAAACACCUGAUAUUGCCUGAGGACAGGACUUGCAUUCUCAAACUUUCUCUGGAGAAGCUCAGAUUUCUUGAAGACCCAGAAACCUACUUAAGAAGGUCUGUGUUAAUUAACAAUUUGCUGAGGAAGAUCCACCUAGAGACGGAGAAAGAGAGCUAUGAAUACUUUAAAGAAGCUCCGUGUUAUAAGACUGCUUAUUCUGAUACAAGAAAACGGCUGAAGUUUAUGGUACAGGAAUGCUGUUCUCAGUCUCUCUAUUAUGAAGAGCUGCAUUCAUAUCAUAUUGUGCCUUAUGCUUCGGAGAAUGCCAUUUAUGGAAUGGGCUACACUAGCAGCCACUUGGAGCAAAAUUCUCAGUUGCUUAUUUAUAAAAUGAAUUAAAGUAACUGUUAAAGUCCAUUGAUACCUUGUUUCUAAAUGCCUGAACUGUUUAUAGUGAAGAUGUUAACAUAAGGCACUAAUUAUCAGUGCCCUUGAGAUCAAAGAUGAGAUGCAUGCUGAACUGAUUGGAGAGAUCCCUGGUUAUUAUUCAGCAGUCCUUAGUAUCAACCAGCCAAGUUGAAAGUAUGUCCACCUAUCAUAAAGCAGAGAAUAAGUGCUUUAGAAACAUUUUUUUUUUUAAGAUAAACUGUGUAGGAAGGAACCUACAUCAAGUUCUUACACAGAUUUAAACAUUUCAAGUAUCCCCCCCCCCCCAUUUCCAAAUUCUACCACUCUUAGUGGAAAGUAACAAAAAGUAACAGGUUCAGAUUAUUAUUAAAAUGCUUUGGCUUGUCAAGCAUUGUGCCAAAUAAUUGACACCAUUCUCUUUACCAUUAGUGGCAAUUCAAGAUGAGGCGAACAUACUGCAAUUUAACUGCUGAAUGUAAAACCAGAACACUCCACAUGGAUCCAUUUUACUUUUUUUUUUUUUUUUCUUUUUUGGCUUCAUCGAGUUUUCUUGUUAAAAGUGAAAUUUAAUAAAAUAGCCUUACAGAUGGGCUUACCUCUGAGUUCUAGGGGCCGGUUAAAAUUUGUGGUGGGCCUUUACUUGAGUUUAAAUUUAUUUAUGAUGUCAUUUUCAUAGGCUGUGAAGCUCAGGAAAAGGGAAGGCAGGUAAUAUUUGAUUUUAAUAGGCAGAUAAUUUUUAUAAAAUCCUUAUCUGCAAAAAUUGAUGAGAACAACAGAAAUUCUACAUGAUAUUUAUUCUUCUAUGAGUUCAUUUAAGGCUAUCUGGAUGAAACUUUGCACUGAUUUUUGUAUAAUAGUCGACCAUUCACUAUUUGACAAAAUGUUUCAGAAUGCCUUUGGUGGUGAAGUUUAGAUAAGUUCCUAUAUUUUACAAUUUGAAAGGCAAUUAUUUAACACGUUGGAUAGAUUCCUGAAAUUGUUUGAAAUGGUUCAUAAUGUUCUCUGAGGUUGAGUGAGAUGUCUGAUUUUAAUGUCCAGAGUUAUGUUCUGUGGCACACACCAUUUAAGGAAUUGUCAUUAACUGAUAAAACAGAUUGGAAAACUAGGUGCCAAAGGUAUAUUCAAGAAAAUACCAAAGACCCAAAGAUAAGUGUUAGAGAGACUAUGAUAAUGAAGAUAAGAAUCUAAAAUAAGGAUUGCAUAGGACAUAAAGAACAUAAUUAAAGGAUUCUGGAAUGACUUGCUUACUAAUGUGCUUUCAGAGCACUUUAUACAUAAUAAUGAUAAUCAAGGGUACUGCUGAGACUUUAGUGACCGCAUGUUUUCACAAAUCUAAAUAUGGUGACUUGUCAACAUUGUACCUUCCCUUGUUGAAUGCCAUCUUUUAAUCAAGAAGCCCUUGAUAAAGAGAAUUUCGUUUUUAGUUUUGAUCCACUACUUGCUCCCCUAAUGAAUUAUCAGGGUGAUUAACAUGGAUGCUUUUGGUAUAAAGAAUUGUGGUGCCCUAAUUAGCAUGCAUUGUUAAAGACCACAUAGAUAUAUAAUUGAUAAAGUAUGAAGUUUAUAUUUAAUUGCUCAAACAGAAUUAGGAAAAAUUCUAUAGAACAAAUUGAAAAAUUAUAAUUGAGGCUAAUUUUUAAAACAAUUGGGUAGGAAUGGGGAGAUAGUUUUGACAUAUAAAUAUAAAUAUUUAAAAAUUAAUUUAAGGGCAAAAUUUGUAACAGAAGUUCUGAAACUUUAUUUCACUUCUUAUACCUUAUUUCUCAGAAUGUGUCUAUUGAAAUGCAGAUUCCUUAAACAACGGGAAUGUCAAUUGAGUAGACUCCAAAUUUGAUAGAAUUAUUAUAUACUUUGAAAAAGUUACUCUACUAAUUUAAAGCUUUUUAUGGAAAGGAACCUCUGGCUUGGUUUUGGGCAGUUUCUAUAAGAAAAACACACCAGUGAUGAUAGAUAUGACUUACAAAAAUGCCAUAUGUUGAAAUUGUUUGAGGAUAGAAAUGCAUAUACUUUGGACAGAAAAGAGAGGGAGAGAAAAAAAUUACCAAGAAGGUGCAAAAGCAUAAUAUUUAUUCUAUGCGAGAAAUCUUAGAGCAAGAAAUCUUUGGCAGUGAACGCAUAACAGAUAUAAAGUCUGUUUAAUUUGGUGACAUUGUUAAUUGAGCUCUAUAAAUCUUACAUUCAUAUGUAGAGAAGGAACUGUCUUAGAAACCAGUGGUAUUUGUGAAUAUGCUUUUUAAAAUAUGUAUUAAUUUCAAAACAGGUUCUUUUAAAAAUUAUCUUUUAGAGCAUUUAAUUUCUUUUCCAAUAAAUAAUUCAUAGAUAAGGAGUUGACUAAUGUUAUUUUGAUUAUUAAAAGCAAACAAUUUGUAUUUAAACUAUGUAAACUUCUCUGAGAUAACUAAGACUGCUGUUGUUUCACCAUGGCAAACUGAUACAUAGACCCUGUUGAGACCCACUCUGCUGACUCCAUCCUGCACCAUCUGUUAUGGGAGAUACAAAGGUAGGAGACCAGUGACAACUUUUUGAACCUGGACAUCCUUUCUUUGGGGACAAGAGCCAUGCUUAGUGUAAGAAAGAUAGGAUGGGAAAUCUGAGUGCCUUUGGUAAUGUUGAUCAAUCUUUUUGGUGCCCAAACAGCCUAAAGCCCUGACAAAGAAGAAGAACAUGAAUCAGAGAAAAUAAAUAAAUAAAUAAGAGGAAGAGAAGGUGUGGGGGGGAGGCAGAGAAAUAAGGAGCAGGAUUAGCAAGUGAAAGAGAAAGUUGUUUCACAUGGCGGGGAGGAGACCGUUACUUUCUAUACUGUAUUAUCCUUUCCUGUGUCUGCUAUACAUCCCAAAUCCAAAUAUCCACAAUGUGUGGAUCUUUUCUUUGAUUUACCAGUGAUGCAUAAGACUAGAUUCUAUUCAGCAUAUGUACUAAUCGAAGUGUGGUAGUACUGUGAAAUAUCCCUGAAAUGGAGCUCCUUGGGUGGAUGAGAAAAGAAAAAAUAGAAAUGAAGUUGGAAGAAAAAGUAAACGGUGAGCCUGUGUACACAUAGUAAAAUUCAAACACAUGAGCAUUCUGAAAUUUAAUAAUGUCGGUGCUCAAGGACUUGGAAAUAAAUGCAAUUCCCCACCGUUUAUUGAGCAAUAGCUAUGACCCAGGCACUGUACCAGGGUUGGGGAUACAGAGGUGAAUGAUGUAUAGUCUCUUUGUGCCAGCAGUUCCCUGAUGAGGGAGGAACUCAAAGAUGUUUCAUGUUGUUGUAAAAUGGAAGAAUUCUUUACUGGGAGUAGCAUGUACACAUUCUUUUCUGAACUAUGGGAUGGUUAUCAAACAUGUGAUCUUCAAAGGUGUUUGCAGCUAAGAAGAUACACAGGGAGAAAGGAGGGUCUAAUGACCUAGAUUUUAGAGUGGGAGGAGAGUACCUUCUGCUUUGCCAAGUAUUUUAUACUUGGAAGCAUGAUAGAAAACCAGUGCUGCAAGAGAGAAGUGUCUCUGGCCUUUGCUCACCCCUGGGGCACAAGAGGUUGGAGGGCACAUUGCAGAGGCAAGUUCAAGUACAGAUCAAUUCCUCUUUUCAGACCUCUCUAGCACUGAUGCUCUUUUACAGGGCAAAUAAGGUAAUAUUAAUGUCAAGGAGAGCAUUGAAGGAGAAGCAGACUCAAGAAAUCAUAGGCUGAGAGUUGUAUAUAGAAUGUUCAGGGUUAGAAGGGCAGCUUUCUUGAAUUUGCCUUGUGUCAGUGAAUCACCAAAAUGAACCUUGGGAUUUCUUAACACCAGCAACUGAAGCCAUGCUCCGUUCCCACUGGCUUCCUUUCUGAAUCACCAUCUGACUCCUGUCUUUGCUGUCAGUUAUAAGUGGAGGUUAUGGUUCUAAUUCUUUACCCUCUCUUCACCGCUCCCUCACUGAUUCUGAUUUGCUCAGAAAUACUUGGAAGAAAGCAACAGUCUGCUGUAUUUGGUUGAACGCCCUUGGAAAAGAUUUCCAGAAUAUAUCCAAGUAAAUUUCAUCACAGUUUCUUGACACAAUUCUUUUUAAAACUGCUUUGCUUAGUCUUUAAAUAGUUAUCUAUUAAGAUAAUCUUUAAGUUUCUGGAGUUUGAGGUAACGAUCAUCAGUUCUACAGGCUUUGCUAAAGAAAUUACGUCAGUUUGGAAACAAUGGACAUCUUGUGAAUUAAUUCAAGAAGUUCACGAGUAUUUAUGUAAUAUUUGGAGUUCAAAUUUAUGUAAUUUCCCCCAAUUCUCAAACUUCAUUACUAUACAUCAGCAAUGUGAUGGUUUGGGAUUUUUAUUUCCUUGUUAAGUGGACUGUGUCUAAAAGUCUUUGUUGAACCCUUUGGACAAAAUACCCCCGUUAAAGUUUCUGUGUUUCUACAAGGAUUACUCUGUAGUUGGGUGGAUAAAGAGCAUUCCUCUUCAUUAGCAGUUCUCAAAUCUUCUUGUGCAUGUAAGUCACUGGAUAUCAUGUUCAAAUAGAAAUAAUUUUUAGUAACUCUGGGGUAGGGUUCAGGGUCUGCAUUUCUCAAGUCUCCUAGGUGAUACAGUCCUGUUGGUCCACUGACCACACUUUGAAUAGUGAGGCUCUACAUCACUUUGAGAAUGAAAAUAUUCAGUCAAGCCUAUAGUCUUAACUUUCAAAGAAAAUGUGUUUGUGUCUACUUUCCAUAGAAUUUUUUUUCUUUAAAGAAAUGAAAGGAAAAAAGUAAGUAUCAUAGACUUGGUUUUCCAAAUUGGCUACAAAUAUUACAGUAUUUCACAUAAUAAAAGACCCAGAAGAUGAUUUAGAAAUUUUAUAUACAUCAAGUGCAGAAUGGGAACAUGGAUGUAGUCCAGUACCAUACUUAAUCAGUCAGGAAUUGGUAAAUUUCUUGAAUUACCAAUUUACUCCCUUGUUUAUACCCAGAUAAGGAAGCUCCAUUUGGUAACAUGAGAGAAAAGCUGACAUUUUUUCCACAGUUAACAAGAAUUUUGCAAUUUCUUGCUUGGCUGAAUCUGAGAAAAAUCUCACACAAAAAAUUCUAUAUUAAAUUCAAACCGAUGGGUGUCUGCCUGGGCUAAAGAAUUUGGUAAACUUGAGCUGGAGAACGGUAUCUGGUUUAUCUCCUUGUUUUGAAUUCUUCUCUGAGUUUUAUUCCCUGAGAGAUCCUUUCCCUGCUAUGGACUUCCUGUUUCUCUUUAGUUGUCGAUGUCCAAGUGAGUGGUAGAGGAUCAGUGUAAAUGAGAGAGUCACAUAAAUUGUUUAAUUUGAGCAUGCCAAGUGAUCUUUGUCAGGCUCUCCUUUGGUCAUAAAUUGCUGGUAUUGCUGUUGUGAAAUAGAGUGUCAUAAAUUUGUCACAAAUCGUUAAUGAAAGGAGAAAAGCAGAAAUUUAGUUUUGUGGGAACACACCCAAAUACCCAGCAAAUGGUGUUCUACAAUAUUUAUUUGGGGAUAUGUGUAUCUGUUACAUAAUCUAAAAUAUGUCUUUUUCACAUUUAAAAAUAUUUGGAUCAUGAUUUAGAGUUUUUAUUGGUUGUUUUUUAAACUGAGAGGAAGAAGAAAGGUCAUUGUAUUUUAAAACAUUUUUGACAUGUUACUAAUAAAAUUUUAUUUCUGGUGAAA